UAGUUUUUAUUUUUCUCAACAGUUUCGCCUUGAACUCCAGCUUGCCUCGUACCAAUUCAGCACCAAUGGCAUACGGCGCAGCAUUCAAUAUCGAAGAGUCGCUGCGCGAGGCCGCCUGCAAAGGAGACGAGCUCGGCGUUCGGUCGCUUGUUUCUGGCGGCGCGAAUGUCAACUCCCAGCACCUGAUGAACAAGUGGACGGCGUUGCAUUGGGCCGUGCAUCGCAACCACGUCACUAUUGCCGCAUUCCUCGUCUCGCGCGGCGCACAGACGACCAUCCAGAACGCAUCUGGCAAGACGCCGGGCGACAUGGCGACGAGCGACGAGCUGCGCACUGCGCUCGGACUGCCGCUCCUGCCUGCCAGCGCGGGUGCUGCACCUGGCACGCCGUCGUCGUCGUCGUCGUUGUCACAUCAUGGUGGACUGUCGCUCUCGGGCACAGCGGCAGACGCAGCAGGACGCGAGCGAACCGGCUCCACGGCGUCCACCUCGUCCACGGGGUCGCACCACGAGUUUGUGCCAAACUACCUGCGACAUCCGGAAUUCCCGUAUACAACGCCUGUGCCGAGUAGUGCGCAACAUUUGCAAGCGAUGAGCUCGACUGUGUCGUCGUCCUCGUCGUCGUACCAGAAUCCAUCGUCAACAGCUUUGCAGCAGUCGCUUGCGCCGCCGUCGCCUUCGCGCACGACCACUGGGAGCGGGUACUUUGCCCAAAGCAGUUACAAUAGCGGCAAUAGCAGCAGCAGUCAUGCUGGGAUUGCGACACGAGGGGAGGACGAGGCCCCGCGCUCGCCCAAUGCCUUCCCACACCCUUCCACCACAGCACCGGGAGGAUUCACGCCAAGCCAGUACCAAACGCUGCGCUCGUUGCAGUCGCAGCUCGAUAACUUGCAGCAGUCCGUGCGACGAGCCUCCUCCUCCUCCUUUGCAGACCGCGACCCGCCAUUGUCGCCCAACAUGGCUGCCCUCUCCCAGCUGCCUCAUGGCGUUGCAUCCACCGCCGUUGCCGAAGCAAUUUCUGCACUCGUAUUGCGUGACCAACACAACCGACUCGUGGUGAAGACUCGAGUCGCAGGCGAUUUCCACUUCGUAGAACUCGAACUUCCCACCGACCAUCUCACAUAUGCCAGCUUGCUCGAAGCCUGCUCGCACGAACUCGGCAUUCAACCUGAUCACGUCGCAGCCAUUCACAAGCUGCCCAACACGUUGAUUCGCAAGGAUUCCGAUGUUGCAAGGCUAGCUCCGCUGCAAGAGAUCGAGCUCGUUCUUGCUCGUCCAGGGAGGAUGCAAGAGUGAUUUGUGGAGCACCGC